AUAUAAGUUAGGUUAUAUCGUAUGCAUCAAAAUCAUACAAUUAUUUAUAAGCUAGUUUUUUAAGGAAAAAACACUUAAAUUUAGUGAAUUUGCAGUGCGAAAUCUUUAAAAAACCACAGACGAACACUUGGCACAAACGAAAGUUACGUGUGAACGUCGUGGCUUUUGUUUAAUUGUUUUGAACGGAAAAGAACUUUGGCAACGUUAAAACCAACCUAUAAGAUACAUAAGAACACCAGCAACAACAACGGCAACAGUGUAAAAAAUUCUAUAAGUGCGCAUCCCCUAAAAAAAAAACAACAAACACACCAACACACAAGUUAAUUUCUUUUGCACACCGGGUUAAAAAAAAGCGGCAAGAUUACGUCAAUUAUAGAAAACCUACCCGGCGCCAUAGCUCACAACCACAACCAGAACAACAUCAUGGAGGAAGACGAGAGGGGCAAACUGUUUGUGGGCGGCCUAUCCUGGGAGACGACGCAGGAGAAUUUGUCGCGCUACUUCUGCCGCUUCGGCGACAUCAUCGACUGCGUGGUGAUGAAGAACAACGAGAGCGGCAGGUCGCGCGGCUUCGGCUUUGUCACCUUCGCCGAUCCCACCAACGUCAACCAUGUGCUGCAGAACGGACCGCACACGCUGGACGGCCGCACCAUCGACCCUAAGCCUUGCAAUCCGCGCACGCUGCAAAAGCCGAAGAAGGGCGGUGGCUACAAGGUCUUCCUGGGUGGGUUGCCCUCGAAUGUCACCGAAACGGAUCUGCGCACCUUCUUCGGGCGCUACGGCAAGGUCACCGAGGUGGUGAUCAUGUACGACCAGGAGAAGAAGAAGUCGCGCGGUUUCGGUUUCCUCUCAUUUGAGGAGGAAUCGUCCGUGGAGCAUGUUACCAACGAGCGCUACAUUAAUUUGAAUGGCAAGCAGGUUGAGAUCAAGAAGGCCGAGCCUCGAGAUGGAUCUGGCGGGCAGAACUCCAACAACAGUGCUGUGGGCGGCGCCUAUGGCAAGUUGGGCAACGAAUGCAGCCACUGGGGACCGCACCAUGCUCCCAUCAACAUGAUGCAGGGCCAGAAUGGUCAGAUGGGCGGACCCCCGCUCAACAUGCCCAUUGGGGCGCCUAACAUGAUGCCAGGAUACCAGGGCUGGGGCACGUCGCCUCAGCAGCAGCAGUACGGCUACGGAAAUAGCGGACCUGGCUCAUACCAGGGCUGGGGUGCACCACCCGGUCCCCAGGGACCUCCGCCACAGUGGUCGAACUAUGCUGGACCGCAACAGACGCAGGGCUAUGGUGGUUACGACAUGUACAACUCGACGUCGACCGGUGCACCCUCGGGACCAUCGGGCGGUGGUAGCUGGAACUCGUGGAACAUGCCUCCUAACUCGGCCGGACCCACCGGAGCACCAGGAGCUGGAGCAGGAACUGCUACGGACAUGUAUUCGCGGGCUCAGACCUGGGCAGCGGGUGGUCCAUCGACCACCGGACCUGUAGGCGGCAUGCCGCGCACCGGCCCCGGCAACUCUGCCUCGAAGUCUGGCUCCGAGUACGACUAUGGCGGCUAUGGAUCUGGUUAUGACUACGACUAUAGCAACUACGUGAAGCAGGAGGGCGCCUCCAACUAUGGAGCUGGGCCGCGGUCAGCUUAUGGCAACGAUAGCUCCACGCAGCCGCCCUACGCCACUUCGCAAGCCGUCUAAGGUGGCGGAUGUGCAUAUGAAGGAUAAGGAGAAUGCAGUGGAGAAGGCGAAGGAGUAGGAGUUGGAGCCGGAGUAGCAGAGCAGAAAGAUAUCGUCGUCGGCGAAUGAUGAAGACAGAAAAGAUGGUGGUAAUUGUAAGCUAAAGCGUCGUCUGUUCGUUUUUAUUUCAGAUCAGAUCAGUUGUUGAAAUUAAUAUUUAAAAACUCUUGUACAACUAUUAUUUAAAGCGAAACCAAUUUAACAACACGAAUGAAUACCUAGCGACAAGUCAGAUUCAUAGAUAUAUAUAUAUACAUGUAUGUUCUAUAUAGCAAUGAGUAUGUAAUAAUAGGCAAAAACAUCAGCACACAACACCAACAACAACCAUUAUUCAGACAUGAGGACCCAAUUUAUUUCAUGCGUCCCCCCCCACACACAAACACCAUGCAAACACCUACCUAACACACCUGUCAGCCAAGCAACUAACAAGAACUACUACACCCAACUAGAACUAAAACUAAACCCGUAGGCUCAUACGAUACACAAGGCAUUAACAACAAAAUAGAAAGUGAAGAUUUAAACGUAAUGAUUUACAAGUAUAAAGUUUAGCUAAUUAGACCCAAGAGAUCAAUUUAAAAGAGUGGGAGUGCAAACAGAACCAACACAAGAAGAACCACACAACAAAGAAAAUUAGAACUUAUAUAAUUUUAUUAAAAACAAAAAGUACACAAGUAAAGAAAGAUCGAUUCCCCUUAAUUACUAAAAUUAGUAAAUACACAAAUUCGAAAUUGUACAUUUUAAAGCAAAAAGCCGAGGCCGAUGAUCCUCCGACCUGCAACCUUAUCCAUACCAGUCCCGUCUUCGUAUCAGAGAGUCUUUUGGCGACAAGGUUUACAGAGUAUUUAGAAUCGCCCGAUACAUGAUAUGUAAUGGUGGUUCCGCGAACCCAACGCUUGCCUUAGCCUUUGACUCACUGAUGGAACACAAUGGCCUGCCUUUUUGUGCGAAUCUAAAUUGCGAGAGGUGGGAGAUGGAGUAGGAAGUGUGGGAAGGUGAUGGUUAAAGAAGGUCAGGGCGGAGGGACUGCUGGCAUGGGAAAGAUUAUACGUUACAAAAUUAAAAAUUUACCAUUUAAAGUAAACAAAACGAAAAACUAGCUAAAAGUUAAACUACAUAUAUAAAGAAACCUAAUUGAUAAGCGUAUGUCGUCGUUUACAUCUAAGCGAAAGUUGAACUUGAAACUAGAAUUAUAUAGUGCGUUGGAUUUAUUAUUUAAAGUUAAAGAGAGCGAGCAGUGAGGAUGAUAAAAAGAAGCCAAGCAGCAGCAUACUGAUGAUGAUGAUAAUGAUUGAUUAUAAUGGAUACGGAAACCAGCAAAAACCACAAAAAAUACGAAACACACACUCUUAACAAGUAAACAUAAAACUAUAUACAUACUUAUAUACAAUAUAUAUAUAUAUAUUUAACAAGUAUAUACAACAAAUGAAACAAAAACGACAAAAAGAGUAAAAAAAGAGCAAAAGGAAACGUACAUUUAAAGCUACAGUUAAAGUAAAACCUAAAGAGUAAAAGUAACUGGUAAAAAGUAAAAAGUAAUCAAGGAAAGCAGGCCGAGAGAAUAGGACAGGAAGUUAUACAAGAUACGAUGCUUAGAGUUGCGUUGCACAUUUUUCUUUCGAACUUUCAUCGUUUGCCAAGCAGACGAAAGCAACAACAGCAGGAACAACAAAUCUAGCGCGACAGCCAACAUCAGUCAACAACAACAACAACUAGAACAACAGUAACAUCAACACGCACACCCAACACCCACACCUAACACCUUUCGACAGACAACAACUACAAUCAGAAAGAACCACAGAUCAGAAGCGCGAGUGACAGACAGACAGACAGACAGAAAAAAGAUGAGGAAAAGAAUUGCAAAAAAUAAUAAGAGCAAGCAGCAGAAAAACUUUAAUUGAUUAUAAAUAUAACAUAUAUAUUAUAUAUCUUUAAUUACUUAUACAAUAUUUACUCUAAACUACUCUGCGCGCUCACCAAAAACAAAAACAAAAAACCGAGCGCGCACUGUGUGUAAAACAUGAUGAAAGUAAACUAUUUUAAUGAUGAUUAUA